AAAUGAUAAAUGUAAUCAUGAAAAAGAAAAGAAAGACUGAAUAGUAAAGAAAUAUGCAAGAUGAUGUAAAAUUUGGAUGUUAAAGCCUUAAAGGUUAGGUGGAAUUAAGGCAGAACAGGAGUGGAAACGCAAAAAUGGAGAUACCUCGUGUUAAACUCGGAAGGCAAGGCCUCGAGGUUUCCAAAUUGGGAUUUGGUUGUGCGGGGCUUAGCGGUGUCUUUAAGGCCCCUGUUCCUGAAGAGGUUGGCAUCUCUCUAAUAAAGGAUGCAUUCAGAAAGGGAAUCACGUUCUUUGAUACAUCGGAUUUUUACGGACCCCACACCAAUGAACUUCUGCUGGGAAAGGCACUCAAGGAGUUGCCACGAGAAAAAAUUCAGCUUGCCACCAAAUUUGGGAUUGUCAAAUUUGAGUCCAACCAUGUCAUAGUAAAAGGUGAUCCUCAGUAUGUUCGGUCGUGUUGUGAGGCUAGCCUACACCGCCUUGGUGUAGAAUAUAUUGAUCUCUAUUAUCAGCACCGUGUUGACACAACACUCCCCAUUGAGGAAACUAUGGGAGAGCUUAAAAAGUUAGUUGAAGAAGGAAAAGUAAAAUACAUAGGGUUGUCAGAAGCUAGCCCGGACACAAUUAGGAGGGCUCAUGCCAUUCAUCCCAUUACUGCUCUGCAAAUGGAGUGGUCUCUUUGGUCUCGUGAAAUUGAGCAAGAAAUUGUUCCACUUUGCAGGGAACUUGGAAUUGGAAUAGUACCAUUCAGUCCUAUUGGCCGUGGGUUUUUUGGUGGUAAGGCAGUCAUAGAAAGUAUACCUACAGAUAGUUUUCUGGCAAUGCAACCAAGGUUACAGGGGCAGAACUUCGACAAGAACAAGAUCUUAUAUUUCAAGAUAGAAAAGUUGGCAGAGAAACAUGGAUGUACAACAUCACAACUUGCUCUUGCAUGGCUUCUUCAUCAAGGGAAUGAUGUGGUGUACGAACCUCAUUUUGUAGGAACAACAAAAAUAAAAAAUCUAGACAAUAACAUUGGUUCAUUGAAAGCGAAGCUCUGCGGCGAUGAUUUGAAGGAAAUUACUGAGGCAAUACCAAUAUCUGAGGUGGUAGGGGAUCGGAAUAUUGAGCCUUUUAUGCGCUGCUCCUGGAAGUUUGCUAAUACUCCACCAAAGCAUAGCUAUUGAUAAUUGAGUUCAUUCUAGGCCUAGAUUUUAAAUUUUAUUUAUACAUUUUAUUUUUUUAUGAACAUGAUGUACACAGUAUCUUAAAGUUGACAAUGGACUAAUUUUUGCUUGCAAGACGUGAUUUUCAUUAAUUAGACAUUAUUUUAGAAUAGACAAAAAUUGAAUUUGGGAGCACCAAA